UUUUCUCUCUAAACACCUUGGAACUUUGUGGGUUCUGUUUAAAAAGACUGUCGCAUGUCGCAUUUUCUGCAGGGGCACCUUCUGGCAGCAAGCGACGUUCAUUCCCAUGCGACCACUGCCCAUUUGUGGCAACUGACCGUGUUGGAUAUGAGCGGCACCAGCGCACACACACGGGCGAGAAGCCGUUUGCAUGCCCAAUGUGUGGUCGCCGCUUUAGCCACAAGUCUAACAUGGCGACGCACAUGCGCCGGCACACUGGCGAGAAGCCAUUCCCAUGUGAUGUGUGCAGCCGUCAGUUUGGCUUCAAGGUGGCGCUCGUCAAGCACAUGCAGGAGGAGCAUUCUGCGGAGCCGCUCAGGUGCAUCAUCUGCUCAGCUGUCUUUGCCAGCCAGGGUGGACUGGAUGCUCACUCCAGGGGUCACACACCCAGGUUCAUGUGCACCCUGUGCGUGCGACCAUUCAAGCACAAGCGUAAUCUUGCACGCCACAUGGAGCUCCACGCCGACGAGGCUGCUGGACGGUCUACUGACUCUACCAGGCAUAGUAGCACAGCAAACACAGAAACAACAUUCUGAGUAGAUUGCGCUACGGUAAAUCCAUGCGAGACGUGUAGUGAGUUUGGUGUAUUAAAGGCUUUAAUGAGAACAUGACAAUAUCCAGAAUUGUAGAUGUCUCGCUACUGUAACAUUUGCUCAUUGUUUAUAUGUGUGUCUCUGUGGGCGUAUAGCCAAAAGAAUCCAACAGACAGUUAAGCCAAGGAAAGCA